AUGUCUGCUACAAACGGAUCAAACGGAGCCGCCAAUGGCACUAAGGAGAAGGUUGAUUACACAAAGGUCCCAGGUCCUCUCGGUCUCGAGAGCGCCAGCUUGAAGGGCAAAGUUGCUUUGGUUACUGGAUCAGGUCGUGGUAUCGGUGCCGAAAUGGCCUGUGAGCUCGGUCGUCGCGGCGCAAAGGUCAUUGUAAACUACGCCAACUCUGAUGUCGCUGCCCAAGAAGUCGUCAACACUAUCAAGAAGGCCGGUUCCGAGGCAGUUGCCCUCCAAGGAAAUGUUUCCGUCGUCUCUGAUAUCAUCAACCUUUUUGCUCAAGCCAAGAAGCAAUGGGGUAAACUCGACAUUGUUUGCUCCAACUCUGGUGUCGUUACCUUUGGACAUAUCAAGGAUGUCACUGAGGAGGAAUACGACCGUGUUAUGAACAUCAACACUAGAGGUCAAUUCUUCGUUGCCAGAGAGGCUUACAAGAAUUUGGAAGUUGGAGGUCGUUUGAUCAUGAUGGGUUCCAUCACUGGUCAAGCUAAGGGUGUUCCUCAACACACUGUGUACUCUGGUUCCAAGGGUGCUAUUGAGACUUUUGUCCGCUGCAUGGCCAUUGACUUUGGUGACAAGAAAAUUACCGUCAACUGCAUUGCUCCCGGUGGAAUCCGUACCGACAUGUACCACAAAGUCUGCCGCGAAUACAUUCCCAACGGUGCCAACCUCAGCGAUGAGGAAGUCGAUGAGUAUGCCGCUACCUGGUCGCCGCUCCACAGAGUCGGUCUUCCCAUCGAUAUUGCCAGAGUUGUCUGCUUCUUGGCGAGUCAAGAUGGUGAAUGGGUUAACGGAAAGGUUAUUGGUAUCGAUGGUGCGGCAAUGAUCGUACAGCUUCAUCAAUUGCGACGCCUCGCAACAGCAGUCGAUCCUCUGGUAGGUGAAACAAAUGGGAAUCAACAACAUGGUGACAAUCGGGUGAAAUUAGUGGAAGUUGGACCCCGAGAUGGUUUACAGAAUGAGAAAACAGUUAUACCUUUGGCAACGAAAAUCAGGUUGAUUGAAAGGCUUGCAAAGACGGGCCUACAAGAUAUUGAAGCUGGUUCUUUCGUUGCGCCGAAAUGGGUGCCACAAAUGGCAGAUGCGAGUGAGAUUCUCGAACAUGUUCUGCAAAAACAUAAUGAAUCGACCAGUCCACUCAGAUACUCCUUCCUGGCACCUAAUAGGAAGGGUCUUGUCAAAGCCCUGGAUAUCCUGUCUCAAAAUCGAAAUGCAUACAAUACUGCCGACGUACCUCUUGAUGAUGGCCCGGAGAAUCUCAAGUCGUCUCCCAACAGGCCAUACAUUGAGAUGGCCGUUUUUGCAGCAGCAACCGAGUCAUUUUCACAAAAGAACCUUAAUUGUGACAUCGCUACAUCAUUAAAACGAUUUGAAGAAGUCAUACAAGGUGCAAAGGCAGCCGGAAUGCGAGUUCGUGCCUACAUAUCAGUCGUGCUGGGUUGUCCAUUCGAAGGCGAUAAUGUAGAUCCCCACCGAGUGGCGGAAAUAGCGACGGAAUUAUUGGAAAUGGGAGCAGAUGAGAUUGAUCUUGGAGAUACAACUGGAAUGGGUACAGGACCUAAGACUCAAAAACUUUUACGUACCAUGCAAUCAGCUGGAAUACUGAAUGAGGAUAUCGCGAUGCACUUUCAUGAUACAUAUGGACAGGCGUUGAUCAACACUGUUGUAAGCUUGGAACACGGCAUUAGAACUUUCGAUAGUAGUGUUGGGGGGCUAGGUGGGUGUCCGUAUAGUCCUGGGGCUACUGGAAAUGUAGCCACGGAAGAUAUGGUCUACCUAUUAGAGAGCAUGGGGAUGCAGACUGGUGUUGAUUUAGAUGCAUUGGCUGAUAUUGGACAAUGGAUUACUGGGGAGAUCGGGAAGCCGAAUGCAAGCAGCGUUGGAAAGGCAGUGAUUGGUGCAAGAAGUCGUAAAUGA